AUGGUUUUGGCUGAAAGAAGUAAUGAUGUUCGAAACGGGAAGCGGUCAAGGGGGCCAAGCCCCAAUGAUCAUGGUAGUCCAGAUUCAAGUUCAGAAGAUGAGAAUGCUGAGAAAAUUAGAGUGGGUAGAGAUUAUCAGGCAGUGUGUCCAGAACUGGAACCAGUAGAGCAGCGGAGGCCUGAACUAAUAUCUGACAGAGCUUUACUUGUUUGGUCACCUACUUCUGACAUAUCAGACAUCAAACUGGAUGAAUACAUAACUACAGCUAAGGAAAAGUAUGGCUAUAAUGGGGAACAAGCAUUGGGCAUGUUAUUUUGGCAUAAACAUGACCUAAACAGAGCAUCAAUGGACUUGGCAAAUUUCACUCCAUUUCCAGAUGAAUGGACAGUUGAGGAUAAAGUCCUCUUUGAACAAGCUUUUCAGUUUCAUGGCAAAAGUUUUCACAGAAUACGGCAAAUGUUGCCAGACAAAUCCAUAGCAUCUUUAGUCAAGUAUUACUACUCGUGGAAGAAGACAAGAGCACGCACUUCACUCAUGGAUGUGGUUGGUGAAGGUCGCAAUGCUACAGGGUCAGGAACAAGCAAAAGGGAAUCUGGCGCUGGAUCUGAACCUGGAGGAUCUGACAAAGACUCAGAUAAUGAUGAAAAGAAGUGGACUUUCCACCGUGGUAUUGUCCGUGGAGGGAAGCCCCUCGCGGCAGGCGGGGCUACGCAACGCGCCGCGGGCCUGCAAGGCGCCCAGGGCGAGGGCGGCGGCGAGAAUGCGGGCAAGUGGUGCACUGUUUGCGGCAUUCUGUGCACCCAGAUCACGGCGCACAAUUCGCAGAAGUUGUGUCAGGCAUGCCUCGUGCACGCCAGACGUACGGGGACAAUGAGACCGUUGUGCGGACCGUCCGGGCGCCGUGGUCCAGGUUCGAAACAGCAGCGAUACAAGCACCGGCUACCGCGCGGCAUAUACAUCAAUCACGAUGAUCUCGUCGCAAUGGCCUCCGGCCCCCAGCCUGGCGAUCCUCCGCAGCCCGGGCUUGUCAAUCAGGGCGAAGCUAUGCUCAAAGCUAUGGACAGAGAAAUUAUAUCUCUAAAGAGACAAGUGCAACAGAACAAACAGCAGUUAAGCGCAAUGAAACGCAAGGUUGGGGACUCUGGCGUGGAAGAGUUGAGGCCUGGCGAGCCGCCCGCAAAGAUUAAUUCGCGUUGGACUAACGAUGAAUUACUUAUGGCAGUCACGGCUGUUCGAAAAUACGGACGAGAUUUCCAAGCUAUUGCUGACACCUUGGGCACAAAGACUGAGGCGCAUGUACGCUCCUUCUUUAUUUCAUACAGGCGUCGCUACAAUUUAGACGCAAUGGUGAGAGAGCACGAUGCAGAACGCGGCAACGCACAUCACAUACAAGCUGGUACCACUGAGUCAGGAGAAACAGGAUCAGACAAUGGCAAUAAUGGAACGAGUUCCCCACAGACUACAAAAGAUGAAAAGAUGGAGGUAGACAGCGAGGGGGUGGCUAUUGGCGCUUCGGCGGAAGCAGGUGGUCCCCCAACAACUCCUCCGAAGCACAAGCCUUCCAAGUGA